CAUAAAGACCACUUAGGCAAAUUAGCUCCAUCAUUAUCAUCAUCAUCAUCAUCAACAGCUAGCAAUCCACAAACAUGGCUUGCAUCAUCCAUCCAUCCAUCCAUACAUACAUACAUACAACUAAAUGAUGAGCAUUCAGCAGCCAGUAGGCUCUAUAUAUUAGGGUUCUCUCCCCUUGUUCCGGCCGCUUGUCAAUUAUUUUUCUUCUUAAUUGCUUUAUCAACAGAUCUUAGAAUUAAGCAGCUGGUAGCCAUGAGCAGAGGUGGGAGCUUUGGCGGCGGGCAAAGUUCGUUGGGCUACCUCUUUGGCUCCGAUGAGAAACCAAGCGCAGCUCCUCCACCAAGAACAGUCAACCCUCCUCCAUAUGGUGUCGACACCAUCACAGAUCAGAAGCCUCCUUCAGAGAAAGAUAAAGUUUCAAACAACUACCACCGAGCUGAAGGCCAAAAUUCAGGAAACUUCAUAACUGAUCGUCCAUCAACAAAAGUCAAAUCCGUACCAGGUGGAGAUUCAUCUCUCGGUUACUUGUUUGGAGAUAAGUAAGUAAUUAAUUACAUUUCUUUCUCCAAACUCUAGCUCUAAUAUGUGAUUUGGUGUAGCUUUUAUGUGGGUUUUGAAUAAUUUGUAAAAUAAGGGAUUAAGUUCCCAUGAAGGUUGGAUUUGCAAGGGUUUCUUCAAAUUUAUGUAUGGUGUUUGAUUGCAUAUAUAUAUAAAUGAUGCAGAUAGGUCAGCUUCUUUCUUAUGAAUAUCAGUGUGAGGAUUUUCAGAUAUUUUAAUAACACUAAAGCUUGUGAUUAUAUUUGUGGCCAAAUUUGGAAAGAAAUAAAGUGAACUUUCC